AUGACUACAAUGUUAAAUAAAUAUAGAUUUCUUAUUAAACAUCUUCCAAAAUAUCCAUCAAGAAGUAGAGACAGAUUAUUGAUUUUAGUUAGAGAAGAUUUCAGAGCAAAUAGAAAUGAAACCAAUCCAAAAAAGUUACAACUCUUUCAAUCUGAGGUUGAUGCAGGAAAAUUUUCAAUUCAACCCAUUUGCAUGAUGAUACGUGGUCACUUAUGA